AUGGAAGAAGGAAGAUGCGGCGAUGGAAAUUCUUUUGUUGACACAUUUCUCAUUUCUGUCCCCAUUUUGAAUUCUGUUCGUGAUAUUAAAGAUAAACUACAGUACAUCAUCAUAAAUAAAUCUACAGUACAUCUCAUUGAUAGAUCGUUAAACUGUUUUGCGACAAAUACAAAAUAUAAGCAAAACCAGAAAGCAGAAGAAGCCGUUAAGCAACAUUCCACUGGAACAUGUUGGAGACGUUACGAAGUUAGAGAUAAAAGCAGACAAAACAAGAAAGUUCAAAUAGACAAACAGAGAGUUUUUCAGGCACUUGAUGUUGCUUAA